UCACUCGACAAUUGCCUUCUAAAAUUCUUUUACACGAAUAACAAACCAGUUGUCCCUUUUAUCAUCCUCCUCACCUUAAAACGAACAAUACACUAAACUUCACUACUUCAGAUAUGGGGAAAGACCUGCACCAAUCAAUGACACCAAGCAUCGCCACCAAUCCGACACAAAUUAGUACCUCGCCUUCAAAGGUCCAUUUUAAAAACACAAAAGGACAAGCAUGGCAGCAGUAACGCCUGCGAGGAAGCAACUUGUACCAGACGAGAUUUUUCUUCGAAUAAUCGAGCUUAGGGUAGAAGCCAGCGACGAGAAAGCAAAUAGGCCUACCAUAGUUUGCCUCGGCCUGACUGCACGUAUCUGCUGGAAAUUCCUGCAAACCCAAUACCAGAUGCAAAUGAAGUCAGCUACCUCAUCAUGUUUUCCAACAUCUUUGGACGAGCCUUUUCUGGAUCAACGUGCCAUGAGGCAACUCAUAACAAUGCUGACGACAUGGGUUGGUCCUGAUUAUCGCCGGGUUCCAGAACUAUUUAUCAACGAGACGUCUGGCUGCCAGAUUAUGUUCUUGCGGCGAGAAGUAUACGGAGACAAAUUUGAUGGCGAUCGAAUCCAUGUCGAAGAAGGUGCUUUAAUCAACAGACUUCGAUUUUGGAAAAGGUUUCCAAUAGCAGAGUGGCACAGCUUAGUCCCUUUCCGCUCGCCCAUACUCAAGACGUUGUCAUAUCCGUAUGGAAUGGGUAGGGAAUGGUAUCCGACAGCGGCACGAGAAUUCAAGAAUAUUGUGAUGUGUUAUUGGAAAGACUUUAUGGAUAGAGACUAUCAUUCUUGGGCUACUUGGAAUGAAGAACAAAACAUGUUUUGGAUGGGUAUCGCAGCAGUUGCUUGUGGGUGUGGGUAAAGAAAAAUGACGAGAGAGACACACCUGAGACAAAGAUGGUGAAAGAGCAGUUACGAGAGUUUGAGGCGAGAGUUUGUAGAAAGUUUAAACAUCCGUGGUAGCAUCUAUGCAAUUUGAAUAUAGCGGAACAGAGAAUUGGGCGAGUGACGAUGAAUGAGAGGUAGUAUUGGAGAUCCGUGGCGGUUCAGAUAAAAUUGGCA